AUGAGUUAUCAUACGGGGGCCACUUUUGUCCCGGGGGGAGAUGAUUCCUACUACAUGCCAGAAAUCAUACAGCCCACCCCUAACAGAGUGCACGAGCUGCCCAACAAUAUACAACAAAAUGUGGCUCAGAUGGAACAAGUUGCCUCAAAUCCCAACUCAGCGAAUUCUGCCUACUCAGGAUCUGUCUAUUCUCCCCAGUCUGCCGAAUAUAUGCAGAACCCCACGCAAACUUGGGCGCCGUCGCAAGCCUCUGAUAUGAACGCGCAAGGGUACGAUCAGCGGGCGCCCAACAACCAAACUCUAUCAUACAGGCAAGAUAACCUCUUCCCGGCCAGAACGACCUCGAUGGUCCCGACAGAACAGCCAAACUUCUCUCCCUUUCCCAUACUUCAGAACCCUCCUCCCAACAUACCCCCAACAGAUGAACAGAAAGAAGUUACACUGGAAGCCGCAAGGGCUGCCGUGCUCAGCUGCGACGAUCCUGAAACCCAGCUGGCGUGGGCACAAGACGCAUUGUCGUAUGUCGAGGUGUGUCAGCAGAAUGAGGAAAGAAUCGCUUUGGCACAAGCACCCAGAUCACGGACACCCCGGAUUGAGCAUGUGCUUAGAGAAGACGCUAUCAAGAUUGUCCAAUUUCUUGCUGAUCAACAUCACCCCAAGGCUGAGUUUAUGAGGGGCAUGUGGCUUGAAUUUGGCAAGUUCGGGCACAGAGUUGACAAGAAGGAAGCAUUUUAUUGCUACACCAGAGCUGCAGAAAAAGGCUACGUUCGUGCGGAUUACCGUAUUGGCAUGCAGUUCGAAUCCUCAAACGACGCAUUGAAGGCAAUCAGGUACUAUCAGAAGGGCGCUGAUGCUGGAGAUUCAGCCGCCUGCUACAGGCUUGGGAUGAUGACGCUCCUUGGCCAGCACGGACAGGUGCAGAACUUCGAGCGUGGCCUCAACCUAAUCUAUAUGUCGGCCCAGACGGCUGAUGAAAACGCGCCGCAGGGUGCCUAUGUCUUUGGCAUGCUUCAAGCACAACAGAUGCCUCAGAUCCAGAUCCCAGAUCAGUUUUUGCCCAGAGAUAUUGCCGGAGCCAAGAUGAACAUCGAAAAGGCCGCCUAUCUCGGAUUUGCCAAGGCUCAAGUGAAAAUGGGAACAGCAUACGAGCUCUGCGAGCUGGGCUGCUCCUUUGACCCGGCCUUGUCUUUGCACUACAAUGUUCUCGCAGCGAGACAAGGGGAGCCGGAAGCAGAGUUGGCAAUCAGCAAAUGGUUCCUUUGUGGCCAUGAGGGUCUUUUCGAGAAGAACGAGGAAAUCGCGUUUACUUAUGCGCAGCGAGCAGCGCUUUCUGGAUUUCCGACAGCCCAGUUUGCUUUGGGUUACUAUUAUGAGGUCGGCAUAUAUGUCCCGGUCAACUUUGACCAGGCCAAAGAGUGGUAUCGCAAAGCAUCACAAAGCGGCAAUCAAGAUGCUACAGGGAGGAUUGACGCUAUAUCUCGGUCAAAGACUUUGUCGCGCAAGGAUCAUGAAAGCGUCGCUCUCAAGAAGAUUCGGCAGCAGCGUGGCUCGGUGAUUGGGGGAUCCGACAUGCCUCCUGUUCCUGCAAUGCCGACCCUAUCAGAAGAGACGGACUCUGAACAACUCGAAAUGCCCGAUCCUUCUCGGCUGUCACUCAACAGUCAGAGACCCCCUUCAGCAAGACCAGGGAGUGCUGCACCGUAUCCCACCGGACCUCCGAAUAUGCCAUCUGUCGACCAAGGCCCAGAUGUCCGACCUCCAUCCGCCUUUGGCAUAAAUCCCAAUCUCCGACCGACUUCCGCCGCAACUAUGGGAGCUCCACGCCCCGAUCCAUACGGGACCUCCCCCGCGAACAUGGGCUCUCAGCAGCGGCCUUAUUCAAACCCCGGAGGGGCUGGUUAUCCAGGGCCUGGCUACGGUCGUGGAGGCCUCAUGCCAUCAGGAGGACCCCCUCCACCUCAGGGACAAGGAAUCCCUACCAUCCGCCCACCAUCAAGACCCAGCAGCUCUUCACCCUACCUCGGGCCAAGUCCCCAGCCAGGGGGUCAGUCACCGCCCGCAAAAAUUGACAUUGGCUUUUCCGCUCCGCUCGAACCAGAGAGAAGACCUCGACCUCAACAGCAACAGCAAAAUGGACCUCCCAUGUCAAACCCUAACAACCCCCCACGUGGCUCUCCAAGACUGCAGCAAGGCGCUCCCUCACAAAACCGAACAGCUCCACCCAACUCUCGUCCUGGACCUGGUCCAGCGCCGAAUGUUGGUGGCUACGGUGGCAUGGCCAACCCUAAUACUCGACCUUUCCCUAACAAUCAAAUGCAAGUCCCGCCCAAUGUCAAGCCUGCAAAUCUUCCUCCUUCAAAGCCUGACGCCAACGCACCCGUGGGAGGCGCUUUACCCUCGAAACCGAGUCCCGUUCCGGCGACUGCAGCUCGGCCCCCUGGAAAAGGACCCAAGACAUUCGAUGAGAUGGGCGUUCCACCAGGGAAGGAUAAGAAUGAAUGUGCUGUUAUGUAA